CUGCGGAAGACGUCAGAUGGGAUUUUGUUAUUUGCUUACAAAUAAAUAAAUUUGUAGUGAAAUUUAAAUUUUAGUGAAAGUGUAUUAGGAACGAGAUUUAAGAAUGAAAAUUUGGACUUCUGAACACACAUUUAAUCAUCCAUGGGAGACUGUUGCUCAGGCGGCAUGGCGCAAGUACCCAAACCCCAUGAACCCAGCUGUCUUGGGGACUGAUGUCGUAGAACGUCAAGUAGUCAAUGGAGUGCUUCAUACCCACAGGCUUGUUAGUUCAAAAUGGGGCAUCCCUGGAUGGGCACAAAGACUUGUUGGACCAUCAAACAUUUGUUAUGCCAGUGAACAAUCCGAAGUAAACCCAACUAAACGACACAUGGAGCUAAAAACUAGAAACCUGACGUUCGGAAGCUUUAUCGCAGUAGACGAGACUCUUAGCUACCAACCACAUCCCGAGGACAAGACUAAAACUCUGCUGAAACAAGAGGCUGUGGUGACAGUGCAGGGGAUCCCCCUCAACAGCUACAUGGAGGACAUCCUUACUAAGACCAUCAUGCUGAAUGCUAACAAGGGCCGGCAAGCUAUUGAGUGGGUGAUCGGCAUCAUUGACAAGGAGGUCACUGACCUGAAGCUGAGCGCAGCUAAGAGCACUGACGAGCUGAAGAAGUCACUGGAGAGUGCACGCAGAUCUAUGGACGAGUUCUCUACCUCCGCCAAGAAAACUCUGGACGACAUCCACAACCUUACCAGCAGCACCAAUAUACCCGAGUUUUAGCAUAAUUUUAUCCCCCGAUUUUUCAAUCUCGACACAUUCAAGAAAUUUUUAAUUGUGAUACAUCUAAGUCAUCUUUCAGUAUUGAUUCUGAUGUUAGUUUUUCGACGUUUCUAAUCCUUAGUAUUCUAUUCGCUGUUGAUUUGUUAGAAUAAAGUUAUUUAUUACCCCCGCUUCUUGAUUCACAGCUCGCGUUACGAACAUUAUCCGUAGAGUAGAUGCAGAUGUGGCGGCGACGCACUGCUUGAAUGUUUCCUUUGUAAGGAGAAUCGUAGGUGUUUUCAGCUUGUCCGUUGGGAUGAGGGAUUGCCUUAGAAUGUGGUGAGGAGUUAUAUUUUUGUGAACCCAAGUUCUAUUGGGAGAAACGCUUUGAAUGGUUGUCUGGGUGAACCAAAGAUUUCAACCUGUUGUUGGUUAUUGUUUUAAGUGCGGAUAACUCCCUCUUGUUCGCUUGGUUCAGUCUUUAGAUGUUUGGUGUGGUUUAUAAAUCAUGCACGUGCAACACACACCUGUGUCUGUAUCUAUGUGUAAACACAAUUACCAAACAUGUUUUUCGUGCAUCGUCAAUACAUACAGACUUGCAAUAUUCCAAUGUUUACUAAUUUUGCCAAUGAUGUGUUGCUAAAAAUAUAGCCAUUCCAAACAGUUUCAAUUAAUUAUUUUAUAGUUUAGAGUGUUUUUAGUUCAGUCAAAAGUCCAGCUUGAGGUUUUUGAACGAGGGGGAGUUGACUGUAAAUGCAGAUAAUUUAAAAUUGCAUAUAUCAGUGUGAAAGAUAUCUCAGGUUUCCUAUUACAAAUUUAAACUAGUGAUGUCUAAAACCUUUUUGUGAAAAAAGCUACUUA